AUGGCAAAGUUUAUCGCUGGCAUUCCGGACAUAGCACACGACCAGGAGGAGUUACGCUCGUUCCGGUUUCCGCCGCCGACGGUCGCGCCGAUCCCGUUUAUUGCGCCGCCAGAAGCGGACGGCGUGCGAUGCGACAGGUGCGGAUUCGUCGUGCGAACGGUAGCGGGAAUGCGACGGCACUGCCGGAAGGAACACGGGUGGGUGAGCAGCUGGGCGAAGGGCGGCGACGUGGCCAAGAGGGCGAAGGAGGAGAGGCCGGUGCCGUGGACCACGGGCGUGCGGUGCCAGCGAUUGUUCCGUUCGCGCGCCGCCAGCGGGUGGUUCGAGAACAGGCGGCGCGUCGAGCCCGGGGACGAGAAGACGGAGCCGAACGCGUGGUUGGACACGGUGGGCUGGGCCGCGCAUUUGGCAGGGUUGGACCGCGACCGGCUGCGCGGUUCCGUCGCGCCGAUCGGAGAGGACGAAGCGGUGUUGCGGCACAUGUGGGAGAGCAUGGAGCGGGUGGCGCGGCGGGCGCAGGCGGCGGUGUUGAAGCGGAGAGGGCACGCCGUGUUGUUCGUGAUCAACAAGAAGGACGUCCACGUCAAGCCGACGAGGCCGUUCGACGGCCGCAUGGAGGACGAUACGACUGGGACGACGGCGACCGGCCACCGUACGAGUGUCACGCGGAAGCAGGGCGAUUUGUUCGACGCGUUCGUGGAAAUGGUCGAGGAGCGAGUGCAGGCCGAGGCGCACACCGAGCCGAGCGAGGCGGAGCGGCAGGCACGGGAGGAUCGGAUAGACCGGCUGUGUUUGGACGCGACGGUCGCGUUUUUCGACCACCCGUACAAGGACACGCCGUACGAGAGCGCGUUGAUCAGCCGGUUGGCGGUGUUGGGGAUCCGCGAGGAUGACGGAUGGGCCGGGCCGGGGGAUUUCACGCCAAAGUAUUCGGCAGUCAUCAAGAUCGCGCGCAUGUUGGUGGUGUACCAGUCCGUCGUGGAGCGCGAAGACGAAGCGGCCGCGCUGCGGGCCUAG